AACAUUUUCCGUGAAAAAGUUUCUGAAGAAAAUUUUACUGAAACAGUCUUCAUCAAUUAAAUUUUCUAGACAAAGACAAUGGGAAAUACUGACACAAAACUUAAUUUUAGAAAAGCCAUUGUGCAGCUAGCAAACAAGAACCAGCCUAUAAAACCUGAAGAUGUAUUUUGGGAUCAAUUUUGGACUGAACAUCAAACAUCAGUUCAAGAUGUUUUUGUUCUGGUAACAUCAACUGAAAUUAGGAAACUUAGACAGGAACAGCCCGAAAAUCUUGCAACACUUUGCUAUAAAUCCACCGAGAGAUUAGUGAAAGCUGUUGAUAGCAGUUGCAGAACCGCUGCAGAACAGCAAAUUGUUUUGAAUUGUGUGAGGUUGCUUACUCGAAUAAUACCAUAUAUCUUUGAAGACAGUGAAUGGAGAGAUUUUUUUUGGUCUGCAUUGCCAUCAGGAAAUGACAAAGAAGAAUCAACUCCUUUGGCUCAAAGUUUACUUAAUGCUGUUUGCGAUCUUUUAUUUUGUCCUGAUUUCACAGUUACAGCAGUAAACCGUAAAGUGGAACCGGAUAAAGCAGAAGAUUUGAUUAACAUUGAUAGCUGUGAAUACAUAUGGGAAGCAGGCGUUGGGUUUGCACACUCGCUGCCUAAAAACGCUCAGAUGGAAGCUAGAAGGUGUGAGCUUUUAAAGUUAUUGCUCACAUGUCUAAGUGAAAGCAUGUAUUGGCUGCCAAACAUCAAUAGUAAUCUUCCAAAUAAAUGGAUUCAGUAUUUCACAAGUGCUGAGAAUCGUCAUGCUUUACCUUUGUUUACUUCCCUUCUAAAUUCUGUCUGUAAUUACGAUCCAGUCGGGACAUUCGGUGUUCCUUACAACCACUUACUGUUUCAAGAUUUUCAAGAACCUUUGGUCGAAGUUUGCUUACAACUUCUUAUAGUAACACUUGAUCACGACAUUUCCUGCAACUCACCCACAUCACCCACGUCAUCUAUUUCUACUUCUUUUCAUGCUGCUGAAGAAGGCGUUGAUAAUUUAUUUAUCAAUUAUCUUUCGAGAAUUCAUCGUGACGAGGAUUUCCAUUUCAUAUUAAAAGGCAUUACAAGACUUUUGAAUAAUCCUCUUGUUCAAAAUUAUUUACCAAAUUCUACGAAACGAUUACAUUGUCAUCAGGAAUUGCUUGUAUUUUUCUGGAAAAUUUGCGAUUACAACAAAAAAUUUUUAUACUUCGUGCUUAAGAGUUCAGACGUCCUCGACAUCCUGGUUCCUAUACUUUAUCAUUUGAAUGAUUCGAGAGCAGAUCAAUCUCGUGUGGGAUUGAUGCAUAUUGGAGUUUUCAUUCUGUUGCUAUUAUCAGGUGAACGAAAUUUUGGAGUGCGCUUAAAUAAACCAUAUACAGCAACAGUUCCCAUGGAUAUUCCUGUUUUUUCUGGUACACAUGCUGAUUUACUUAUAACAGUUUUUCAUAAAAUUAUUGCUACUGGUCAUCAAAGGCUUCAGCCGCUUUUUGACUGUUUACUUACAAUUCUUGUAAACGUGUCUCCUUAUUUGAAGACUCUCUCAAUGGUUGCUUCAAUCAAACUUCUUCAUUUGCUGGAAGCUUUUAGUACUCCUUGGUUCUUAUAUUCCUCACCAUCAAAUCAUCAUUUAGUCUUUUUUUUGUUGGAAAUAUUCAACAAUAUCAUUCAGUAUCAAUUUGACGGUAAUUCAAACUUAGUAUAUACAAUCAUUCGCAAGCGGCAAGCAUUCCAUGCUCUAGCAAACAUUCCAUCCGAUAUAAGUUCAAUUAACAAAUGCUUAAGUAGUCGCAAAGUGAGUGGUCGUUUACAAAGAACGAUCGAAUUAAUGAAGAAAACAGAAGCUGAUAAUGAAUCAGAUUACGUACCAGAUGAUGAAAAAAUUGAAGAAGAUAUAGAAGAAGAUUUUACAAAACCUGAAAGUACUAGUGUUAAUUUUGAAGAAUCGAAAGCUACAGAUGAUAUAGCAAAUGAAGCCCAAAAAGAAGAAAUUAUAGAAGAGUCAAUGGAAGGUUCUAGACCGGCACUUCCAGCAGAACCAGGAACUCUUAAGGCUACUCUUUUAGAGACACCUGCCAUUGGACAAAUGACUGAGAAGGAAUCAGCACAUCCAGAUCCUCAACUUCUUGAAAACAUUACAACUUCGAAGGCUCCAACCUCAUUACAUGAUAUCACAAACGGUGAAACGGAUUUGGCUAUCGAUACGGUGUCUCCUGUAAAAACUCCCUCUCAAUUUAAGCGAACUAUUAAUACAAGAGGAAGUAUAAGGAUUACGCAAACUCCCACAGCUCAAUCAACAGUAUGGCUACCAACAUCAGAAUGGGUGCAGUCUUGGCGUUCAAAAUUGCCCUUGCAAACAAUAAUGAGACUUCUUCAGGUACUGGUACCACAAGUAGAAAAAAUCUGCAUAGAUAAGGGACUGACAGAUGAAAGCGAAAUACUUAAAUUUCUUCAACAUGGGACUUUGGUUGGGUUACUGCCUGUUCCACAUCCAAUUUUGAUCCGUAAAUAUCAAGCUAACAAUGGAACAAGUGCAUGGUUUCGAACUUAUAUGUGGGGGAUCAUAUACCUUAGGAAUAUUGAUCCAGCUAUUUGGUAUGAAACAAAUGUGAAACUUUUUGAAAUUCAACGUGUUUAAGACAUCAACAUUAUAUCAAUGUAUGCUUUCUAUAAUUCAUAAGAGUGUAAUCAAAGUCCUGUCAACACCCAAGCUUAUUGUUUAUUGAUUUAUUCAAAUGUAUCUUAAGUAUCUUUAUGAACGAUAUAAUUAACAACUUGUUCGAUAAUUUUUCAAUCAAGAAGUUAGGAUAUGUUGGCAUUAAUAAUGUCUUAAAACGUUUUCUUUUGUCAAGGAAUGAAUAUCAGAUAAAUUAUUGAAGCACUGUCUGAAAAUUUUAUAAAAUAAAUUAUGCAUUUCUCUAUCGGAGAAUUCUUUCUGAGUAUGUAAAACAUAUUUACGUCUAC